GAAACAGCUGGGGAGUGGGUCCUGAAGGUGGAUGUAUUGGUUGUGGACCCCAAGAGGGGUUCUAUGGCUGUGCAGAUUUCCGUAUCAUUCCUAGCAACGCUUCCCAGCCCAAUCCUGCGUCAUCUAGCACCAAUCAAACGUCCACCAUAGCACCUGUUACAAACCCAGCUGGGCCGACCCCUGUUACGAAACCAGCAAAUCCCACCCCGAGGAUGCCCACAAACUGCGAAGCAAAGUAUCGUCAAACAUCUUUGAACAGCUGGUGUCAGGAGACCUGCCAGAAAGGCUACUGUAAUAAAAGGCAUUGCACUUGUCCAGAUGCUGACCAGAAAACUCCGCGAGUUUGUAAGCCGAAGCCCAACAGCUCACAGACCACUGACCGCUGUACGGUCAACUGUGUGGCCGGAUAUUGUCCUCAUUCUAACUGUGAUUGUUUCUAA